GUUGUUUCAAAAUUAUGCUUUUGAGUGGCCACUCUCACAAUCCCACUGUGCAGAUCGCGAAAAAGAUGGAUGUUAAACUAAUUUUGCUGCUUCUGGUGAACUUUGCUGUCAUCUCGUAUGGGAGAAAAUCGUAUGAAGGGUGGCAAGUGUAUCGAACAGCCCCUCUAACCAAACUUGCACUUGAAGGACUCCAUAAACAUGUGUUUUCCGACCCAAAGUUUCAAGUUUGGAGCCAGCCGAUUCUCAAUAGGCCAGCUGAAAUUGUUGUUUGCCCUAAAAGUCGAGCUAAAUUACUAAAUACUUUAAAAAAAUUGAACCUGAGUCCCAAACCUUUCAUCUUAAAUAUAGAAAAAUUCUUAGAAAAAGAGAGGAAAGAAAUAGAGAAUAUAAAGAAGCAAGAAAUAUACGGCCUCAUCAACCACGUUACAUUUGAACGAUAUAUGGAUUUCACUGAGAUCACCGACUAUUUAAAUGAGGUAGCCGCUAAUUAUCCCAGCAUCGCAUCUCUAGAGACAAUCGGGUCAAGCUUUGAGGGCCGUCCGCAAACUUUACUGAAACUAUCAAAUGGCAGUGGCUCUAAUAAGAAAAUUGGUGUUUUCAUCAACGCAGCCAUCCACGCGUCUGAUUGGAUUGGACCGGCCGUCGCCUUAAACGCAAUUCACCAACUUACCACAAACCUAGCCAACAAUCAGGCUUUCUUGGACAUGGCCAACUGGUACAUCUUACCAGUGGCCAACCCUGAUGGAUAUGUUUAUUCCUGGGAUCACGAUCGUCUGUGGCGAAAAACCCGGCGCCCUAAUAAGGGCUCCAAGUGCGUGGGUGCGGAUCCCAAUAGGAACUUUGAUGUUCACUGGGGUGAGGGCAGAGAAACUAACCCGUGCGUGGCGUUCUACCAGGGACCAAAUGUUUUUUCAGAAGUAGAAAGCAAAAACAUCGCUGACUAUUUGAUUCCCAAUGGCUUGGAUGGGAAUUUGCACCUGUAUAUGGUGCUGCACACAUAUGGACAGGUUUUGUUGCAUCCCUAUGGAUACACGACUGAUCCGCCCAUCAAUGUAAAUGACCUUGCUUUAUUUGGCUCUGAAGCAGCCAGUGCGCUGAAAGCAGUUCGUGGAACAAAGUAUGAAGUCAGCAACAUUACCAACGCUUUUUAUCAUCCAUUCGGCAACAGCAAAGAUUUUGCCUACGACCAAGCUGAAAUCCCAUUCACAUACACCUGGGAGUUACCAGGAGGCGGUGAAAACAGCCACGACGUGCCACUGUCAGAAAUUAAAUUUGUCGUCGAGGAGACUUGGGAAGCAUUUAAAUCAUUGGUUCAGAGUGUUUACAUUGCGAGGAAAAAUUUGUGACACGGGGAAAUAUAUG